AUUAAAUUUAUAAAUUACUAUUUUUAGAUAUAAUGUGGUUUUAUUUAUUCUGGUUCUUCACGGAAUCGGCACUUUAAUGCCGUGGAAUAUGUUUAUCAAUGCACAAAAGUAUUUUGAAUACAAACUGACGGUACACGUGAACAACACCACAUCCCUGAGCGAAGCACUAAACGAUGUGCAGACCGACCAGACCUACCGCAACAACUUUCUGUCCUAUUUAGGUUUGGCCGCACAGUUGCCUAAUGUGCUCUUCAAUGUAUUAAACAUUGUUUUCCAGUUUGGGGGAACAAAUCUGACGCUCAGUAUAACGGCUGCGAUUGUGGUGGAAGUGAUACUAUUCAUAGUGACCAUCCUAUUAGCGAUGGUGGACUCGAGCGCGUGGGUGCCCGAGUUCUUGGUGGCCACUCUGGCCACUGUUGUGGUCCUAAACACAGCCAACGGUGUCUACCAGAACUCGGUGUACGGUUUGGCGGCCAAAUUGCCGCCCAAGUACUCGAACGCAGUGGUAAUGGGUUCCAACAUCAGCGGCACAUUCACGUCCAUCAUCAACAUCGCCGCCAUCGCGCUGUCACCUAAUCUACGGGUGGCCGCCAUCUACUACUUCUUGGCCGCACUGCUCAUACUGUUGGCCUGU